GUCAACCGUGUCGCUACAGAUUUAUGUUAUUACAUUGCACUGCUUUAUUAAUACAUAUAAAGAAAUGUAAACAUUUCGAAAAAAGAUAUAAAAUCGUUAUAUUGAAAAAAAUGCCUCUCGAAUAAAAUAUAAUUUAACAAUGAGUAACAAAGCUAACAACACAGGAGAAACAGAUCCUGUGCAAGAAGAAUUAGCUGGUAGAGUGAGAGAAGUAGGUAACCAUGCAAUAUGGAGUUUAUCUAGUUGUAAACCAGGUUUUGGUGUCGAUCAAUUGCGAGAUGAUAUCACAGAAACAUAUUGGCAGUCUGAUGGGCAACUUCCACAUUUGGUGAAUAUACAAUUCAAAAGAAAAACAACGAUACGAGACAUAUGUAUUUAUACGGAUUACAAGCUUGAUGAAAGCUAUACUCCAAGUAGAAUAAGUAUUAGAGCAGGUACAAAUUUCAAUGACCUUCAAGAAGUUGAAGUCAUGGAUCUUAAUGAACCAAGUGGAUGGGUGGUUAUUCCUAUAAAAGAUAUAAAUGAACGACCUAUUAGAACAUUUAUGAUUCAGAUAGCUGUUAUAAGUAAUCAUCAAAAUGGCAGAGAUACUCAUAUGAGACAAAUUAAAGUUCAUUCUCCAGCACAAGAUGUUCUUGGACCACCUGCUCCUUAUAUGCCAGGACAAUUCCUUACUAAUGAAUUUCUACGUUAUGCUACAGUCAGAUAGAUUACUAUUUAUAUAUUUGUAUUAUUUUAUUUGUUACAGUAAGAAAAUACAUUUAACAUUUAUAUUGAUAUCCCUUCAGUUUCAUAAUAUCAAUAAAGUAUCAUGAUAUCCUUA